AUGGCAAUGCCGCGGCCCGUCUGCACCUCCGCUUUCAGCAUUGAGUCUCUGAUCUCGGGUCCGGGUCCCGGGUCUGGCUCGGGUUCCGCUCCCUUCGUUUACACUUACCCCAUGUUCGUGCCGUACCGCUCCGUGCUGCUGCCGCCUCCGCUGCCGCCGCCACAUGGUUACGGGAUGACGCUGACCUCCGCCGUGUUCCCGCCGCCGCACGAGACCGGCCGAAAGUACAGCUACGACAAGAGCCACGAAGACACGGAGCUCCCCGGCGCCAAAGACCCGCUGGGGUCGUUCACCGACGACUCCGGACCGAUACCGAGCGGAGCCGCUGGAGGACGUUUAGACUUGGAUGACUCCGUGCGCAGAGACGAGUCUUUCUCCCUGGACUCGGACUUGGACUACAGCUCAGACGAGAACCAGAGCCAGUCUUGCUCCAAAGACCAGGACCAGGACCCCAGCAGAGACCCAAGCAGAGAUCGAGACCCCAGAGACCCACGAGGCUCCGGGGCCAAGAGCCGGCGGCGGAGGACGGCCUUCACCAGUGAGCAGCUGCUGGAGCUAGAGAAGGAGUUCCACUGCAAGAAGUACCUGUCUCUGACCGAGCGCUCGCAGAUCGCACACGCGCUCAAACUCAGCGAGGUCCAGGUCAAGAUCUGGUUCCAGAACCGCCGCGCCAAGUGGAAGCGCGUGAAGGCCGGGAACGCCAACAACAAGAGCGGAGAACCGGCCCGGAACCCCAAGAUUGUGGUCCCCAUCCCCGUCCACGUCAGUCGCUUCGCCAUCCGCAGCCAGCACCAGCAGAUGGAGCAGAACCGGCCCUAA